GUAGUGCGAUUUUUCGACCUCACAACCGUUCCUUACUAUCGACUGAAGUCUUGCCAUAAGUUUAUUUUCGUGAUUAUUCCGCAACAUUCCACUCCCUCCUUUCGUUUUGCGCGUGUCCGUCUCUAGACCGUCGUGAUGGUUUUCGAUAAGGCUAGCAACUGUUCAGUGGUGCCGGAUGCCACUGCGACUGAUGCAGGUGUCGCUGGUGCAGGCACUCUCCUCUCCUUCGUAAUAACCAAUUUCAUCUCGUUGGGCCUCAGUGCCGUCAUCAUCAUUCUCAACUUGAAGAAGACGACAUCUGCGCCCAUAUCUCGCAAACUCCUACUAUCUUUUUCCGAUCAACAAAUUGUCACUGGAAUCGGAAUACAAUGUAUCGGCCUGUCUAAAAUGAACACCAUGGUCUCCUACCAUUUCUUUAUCAUCUGGCUGCUUUCCACGCUCUCGACUGCGACAAACCUCUCAACACUAUUAGCUCUCGUCAACGACUUCAAGCGCGACUGGGUUCUACGGUGGCUGCGACAAUUCUUCAUGUUCGUCAACCUACUGCUCGGCGUCCUCUGCGGCAUCUUCAUCCUACAGACCGUCACCAAGAACCUCGAGCCCCGUCUCCCCAUCUCCUGCGUCUGGGAAGUACCCUCCCGAGGCGCUUCCUCCAAUUCCGCCCUCUCCAUUGCCGGCACCAUCGCCGUCAUCGCCGGAAACGCCAUCGUCUUCGUCUUCGGAACCUGGUACCUGCACAUGCGCGAACACCCCCGCUGGCUCAAACCCGUCCAGAUCGUCGGCCUCCUCUUCCUCGUCGCCAGCGGCGUCGGCGCAACCGUCCGCAUCUUCAUGGUAUCCCAGGCCUUUGGCUCGCCGCCCGAGUCUGUCCGUCUGAUAGGCAAUGGCGAGAAGGAAUGGAGCUAUGGUCAACUUCUCCCCUUGCUCCUGCUCAUUCUACCCAUCAUCAGCACGAUCGAGAUCGCGAGGGGAGAGAUGCGCGUAACGCCCUCUAAGGCGGAUGACGAUGAUACGAAACCGCUGUUCAACGAUACAGAGCUGCAGUAUCAGCCGAGUCCGAUGUUUGGAGAGUCAAACGGGCUGUUUAGGAAGUGAGAGGGUCAUGUGGACGUGAAGGCAUGCAAAUUGUCAUGUGUUUUAUAUAGACUGCUUCCGUGCAGGAGUAAUGUGAUCAACGAGUUCUUUUUGUUUCUCUCUUCAUAUUUUCCGCCUUGUCUUUUCCGGCUGGUACGAUUUAUUUUUGGUGAAGCAUGGUUGUGCAAUUUGUGAUAGUGAUUUUCGACGACUAUGGAAGUUAAGUUGCUGGAUUUGUUUUCCGAUCAAAUGUGUUUACCUUCUAUCCAGUCACUGUCUAAUCAUGAUAGGCUACACCGAAAGCGAAAUCACCCAUCGCCUUCACUU